AUGUUCCACGGCGGAACCAACUAUGGUUUUGGGAAUGGAGCCCUAGAUUUUGGUGACGGUUGCCAGGCAUUUACUACAAGCUACGACUAUGGUGCUUCUCUAGACGAGAGUGGGCGACCAACAAUCACGUACUAUGAGCUUCGCAACAUCAUUUCCAAGCAUGUAUCUGCCAACAGCAUCCCCAAUGUGCCAACCACCCCGCCAUUGCAGCAGAUUGACAGUUUCAAGUUGAAGCCUAUCAGAGGACUAUCCGACAAUCUGCAUGAUGUAACGCACGUUACUGCCAAGUCUCCAGUCACAAUGGAGUCUCUGGAUGCUUACACGGGUUAUGUUCUUUACGAGGCUAAGAUCCAGGGCGCCAUAGAUGGUGUGGUGAAGCCCGGUGAUAAACCGCGUGACCGGGUCAUUGUCUACGUCAAUGGAGUUCGUCAAGGCGUGAUUGACCCAAUCCAUACAGUUAUCAACACAGUUUCGGUGUCUCUUCGUCCUACUGAUAAACUUCAACUUUUCGUUGAAAAUUUAGGACGUGUCGACUUCGAUGGGGCAAUGUCAGACCAGAGAAAAGGAAUCGUCGGCAAUGUCACUGUUGGCGGAACUGAUGUUCACGGCUGGACAUCAUACUCUCUGCCCGCUGAUACCGAGUCCAUCGGGUCGAAUGAUGGACCCCCUAUGUGGUACCACGGCUCCUUUGAGAAUAAGCACAAUGGCCAGGCCGCAGAUACUUACCUGGCAAUCAGUGGUAUCAAGGGACAGGCGUACGUGAACGGCUUUAACCUUGGGCGCUACUGGAUGGUCGGGCCUCAGCAGCAGCUAUAUGUUCCGGGCUCCCUCCUCAAAAAUGGCCAUAAUGACCUUGUCGUCCUUGAACUGGAGCCUCAAGUGGAGCCACUCACGGCAGAGGGGUGCCACUCCGGAGUUGGUUUUCAAAUGACGACCCUGACUGCGGGACCUGCCAUGCUAUAA